CGUGUCUGUUGAAGAAGAUGUCAGAUGUGGGGCGGCGCAGCGCAGCGGGCAAUAGAUUGGGCCCGAAGGUCUCGUAAAUACCCAGUGCCUACCUCCAGAGAGAGAGAUAGAUGAGAAGUCAGAAUCUACCGGUGCCGCGUUCUCAGCAAACGGGCUGAGGGCCUCACGCGAUGAUCGGCUCCGGUUACCGUCGCCAUCUCAACUGGGCACGAUGAUCGGUGGGACGCAUGCGCAAUAGCCAUCUUUAUACAGGAACGGCGCGGCAGCCAUCUUUAUACAGGAAUGCUGCGACGUGGCGUAUGCGCCACAGCCAUCUUUAUACAGGAAAGGUGCGACAGGGUGCAUGCGCAGCUGUCUUUUGAAAGUAGGUCAUCUGGGAGGGACUUGCACACAAUCAGCUCCAACCAAGAGAAAUGUCGUCUGUGUUUUCUGAGAGUUUGUUUUUGUUCUCCUUCGAAACCACAUUUUUUUUAAAACAGGCCUAUAAAAUGAGAACGAUCUGACAAUGUCAUUUGUUUUGCCUGAGCCUGAAUAUCAUCAGUCUUUGGAGGAACGAAACUCAUCCGUCUGCUUCAAAAAGAUUCCAGAUGCUGCCAGACCUGCUCUGUAUUGCCAGCAAGUUCUGUUUCCGCACCAUCUGGAUUCUGUGAACAGUUUUCAAGAUUCUCCCAAACCUGAUGAGUUUCUCAGCAUUUUCUGCUUCAGUGUUUUAUUGCAGGCUGAUGGCAGGUCAGUGACCUGACCCUUGACUGCAUUCCUCAUCCCAAGAGUGUUGCAGGGCCAGAUGAAUGUUUCCGUUUUACAGAAGGGGAGGAUUUGCAGUCAGGAAACUCCAAACUGAGCAUCACUUGACAGAUUCGCUUGAUUUCUCAUAACCCACUUAUCAGCGGAUUUUGAAAAUGGAAGGGAAAAGUUCUGCUCACACUAGGGAGAAACUGUACGCUUGUUCUGCUUGUGGACAAGUCUUCAGUCGUUCGUCUGACUUGUCAAAGCACCAGUGCAGUCGCGCUGUGGAGAAACCGUGGAAAUGUGGGGAGUGUGGAAAGGGAUUCAACUACCCGUCCAAACUGGAAAUCCAUCUCCGCGGUCACACUGGCGAGAGGCCGUUCAUGUGCUCAGAGUGUGGAAAGGGCUUUGCUCAUUAUUCCAACCUGCUGUCACAUCAGCGCGUUCACACCGGGCAGAAGCCGUUCACCUGCCCACAGUGUGGGAAGGGAUUCACUCGGUCAUCUAAUCUGCUGACACACCAGCGAAUUCACACCGGGGAGAGGCCGUUUGCCUGCCUGCAGUGUGGGAAGGGAUUCACUCGGUCAUCGCAUCUGCUGAGGCACCAGCGAGUAAACGCUGGAGAGAGACCGUUCACCUGCUCUGACUGCGGGAAGGGAUUCACUCAGUCGUCCGACCUGCUGACACACCAGCGGGUUCACACCGGGGAGAGGCCGUUCACGUGCUCGGAAUGUGGGAAGGGAUUCACUCAGUCAUCCCACCUGCUGAGGCACCAGCGAGUUCACAAGUAACUGCAGUCCAGGGAUUUUGCUGAGUCGCAUCCACGAACCAUGGUCACCAGGAUCCACUUGUGCUGUUAAUAACCCCAGCCCUCUUGUCGAUGUUAAUACUGUUAUUUAAAAUUCUAACACAUUUGUGGAUCUGUAGGAUGAGAUUGAGGACAUUAUUCCAACUUGCAACUUGGUAGAGAUUGCAAAGUGUGUGAAAAACCGUUUUGAGUCAUCGGGACUGAUGAAACAUCAACCAGUAGCUAAGUGAUUGGAUUUUCAUGCUGUUGACACUCAGCUUCUUACCAUGUUUUCUGGGGUCUGUUUCUGAUGAUGGUUAUAAAUACCAGUUCGGUCAUAUGUGUGGGAUAAAAUCAAAUAAAUAGGCGUUCUGUUAAA